GGUGAAGCGAGCGGAGCUGUGUAGGUGCAUUUUGCAAAUUUAAGGUUUCUGUAGAAGUGUGCACCACCCUUCUAGUUGUCACCAGAUUAAGCCGAGCGAGAAGUUGGCAUUAAAUACUGAUCGUUAUGUGGCCUGGGUUUAACUCCAUAGACUGACCACGUCACUUCUACCGAAGGUGACCGAAAGUUUUUGCCAGGUACAAAGCGAGAGCUAACUUAUAACCAUGUUGGAUGCGACAGACAUUUUCCUGCAAGGGUUCAGUACAGUUGAUGGUGUCUCUCAACCGUUACACAAGCUCGAAAGAAAGCUCUUUACAGCCAUAAAAAAAGGAGAUCUGGAAAAAUUCAGAAGUAUUCUUGACUAUUCCCAACCAAAAUGCGACCUCAAUUGUGUCAACAAAUCUGGCAAAACAUUCUUACAAGAGGCGGUAGAUGUGGAAGAUACUUCUGUCCGGAGCGACAUGAUCAAGAUCCUGUUGAGCGGAGGAGCCGACCUGGAUCUAGCCUUGUUGUACGCUGUGCGUGAUGAUGACGUCAGAAGCUUGGAAAUUUUGCUGAAAUUCUAUGGUCCCCCGUUGCUGAAAAUUUCUCCGCCAUUGUCUUCAUGCAUCAGGAAGUAUUCAAAACACGAGCUUCACAUGACACCACUGAUCCUGGCGGCUUGUUUGCAGAAUUUCCAAAUUGUGAAGCUUCUUCUAGAGCACGGAUUUACCAUUUCUGAUUUGCAAAGUGAUUCUCAACGCCCUAUUGAAGUCGUCAGCGAGAAGCUGGGGCCUGCCAUGCUCCGAUUGAACAGAUAUCGAGCUCUUGCAAGUCCUGUAUACCUUGCAGCUUCAUUUCUAAAAAACCCGUUCAGUGGUCCGGAUCCUGUUCAUCGCGCAUGCGUUCUUAACAAGAAACUGUCUGACAUUGCUGAGCAGGAGUAUGAGUUCAGAAAAGAGUAUUUGGAUCUCAGCGAUGGUUGUAAAGAAUUCGCCGUGGAUCUUUUGAAUGAAUGCCGUUCAAUGAAAGAGAUCAGGUGUGUUAUGGAGAUGCAGAGCGAAGAUAACGCGCUACCAUACGUCCAAGGAAAGCUCAGUCUGAACAUUCUGGAGUUUGCCACCGUCACCGAAAAUGAAAAGUUCGUCAGCCAUCCUUACAGCCAACUUGUGUUAAAUUCUGAAAUAUACAGAGAUGUCCCAUUCUUGGAAAAAAGUUCGUGGAAGCAGUUUGUCUUGAUACUACUGGCUUUUGUCUGGUAUCCUCUAUUCUUCAUGGCUUGGUUGGUGUUAGACACUUUUUUUCCCAAGCACGAGAUGUCAAGAAUGUUUCACUCUCCCUGCGUAAAGUUCCUUGUUCAUUGUGGUUCCUAUCAGACAUUUCUUUUCAUGCUGUUUUUGUCUUCAUUCGCGUUUCAGAGCAAUUUUCUACAGUACGCCAUAACGGAUUGGCUGAUUUUGUUGUUUGUGCUCGGACAUAUAGUAGAUCUCGUCAAACAAUUCUACCACGUGGGAAGAGUCCGUUUCUUUUCCAGCUACUGGAACUACCUGGCUGUUGCAACAGUGUUGUCAUUCAUUCUUCAUUACAUCCUUUGGUGGUCCGGCCGCUCAGUCCUUAUAAAGAAACUGGAAACUAUGACGUGGGCCAACCACGCCGACGACUUUUCGUACACGAUCGUCUUGGUCUCAGACUGUCUCUUUGCAGUGGCAAUACUUCUGGCCUUUACCCAAAAUCUGGCCUUUAUCCAGUCCAACUCGACUAUUGGUCCUCUACUGCAAGCUUUUAUGAGAAUGAUGUUCGAUGUGAUGAAAUUUUUCUUUUACUUUAUAUUUGUCUUUCUCGCGUUUGUGGUGAGCUUCACCAAGCUCUACCUACAGUAUGCCAAGGCCAGACAGCAUUUCCAUAACAGUUCAGCUGAUUCGAAUCAAACAGAUCCUCUUCAUCUUGAAAGUAUUUUAGACAGCACGAAUACAAUCUUUUGGUCACUAUUUGGUCAGAUAGACCCUAGCAGUUUUAAAAUUUCUGAGGCUGAGUAUGGCGUCAUUUGGAGAACUGGAAUGACCUUGUUUGGUGCGUUUAACAUCACAGCGGUUCUGGUAGCCCUCAAUAUGCUGAUCGCGAUACUCAACGACUCUUACGUCCAGAUAACAGCCAACUUGGAUGCUGAAUGGAAGUUAACAAGAACCAGAAUGUGGUUAAACUGGAUUUCCAAGAAGGGGGUUCUUCCGCCUCCUUUUAACUUGGUAUAUCUGUUUGUCCCCAUUGUAAGCUUUUUUCAGCGUCUUGUCUCAGCUUGCUGCUCGGAGAGGGCCUUGGAACAAAAAAUCACCCGGAAAGUUGGCAGAAUUAAAGAGAAAGAGAGACGAGAAGUGAUUCGCAAUCUUAUCCUAAGGACUCUGACCAAGAAAUCAUACCUCACAGAGGCUGAAACUGAGCCAGUCGACUCCGACGAAGAAAAUGAGGACGAAGUGGCUGUUACUUUAGAAGAGAGGGGCUUGGACACCGACCAAGUAAAAACGACAUAAUGACCUUGUGUCUGUCGCUAUUAAGAGUAUGUUAAUAGCACUUGUUAACCUGGUAACACAAUUGUUUUUACAUUAGUCUGGGCCUAAUGUAAAAAAUUGUUUUUACAUUAGUCUGGGCCUUGGAAAAAUGCUAGAGUCUCCCCUCUCUACAAAAAUUCGGGCAAGCGCAAUGAUCCAUCCAAUUAUCGCCCCAUUUCAGUAAUUCCUGUGGUAGCAAAAGUUUUUGAGCGGAUAAUCUAUGAUCAACUGCAUGUCCAUCUUACGAGGUAUAAUCUUCUUUCCAAACAUCAGUUCGGUUUCCGUUCAUCACACUCGACGGUUACGGCUCUACUCGAGGCAACUGAUAGCUGGGCUCUUAAUAUAGACCAUGGAUUGAUCAAUGCUGUUGCCUUCUUAGAUUUAAA